AUGCCGAAGGCGGCCAAACAAAAACGUGGAGGGGCCAGCAACGGCCCCUAUGACCGCAAACCGUCCAAGGGCAGUUCCUCCAACACAAACAUCUUCCGCUUCGACAAGGACUUCGGCCAGCAUAUCCUUAAGAACCCGGGAAUCAGCGAUGCCAUUGUCGACAAGGCCUACCUCAAGCCCACCGAUGUCGUCGUCGAGGUCGGCCCGGGUACCGGCAACAUCACGGUCCGGGCCCUCGAUAAGGCAAAAAAGCUGACCCGUGCAGUCGAACUCGACCCGAGGAUGGGCGCCGAAGUCACGAAGCGCGUACAAGGCACGCCCCUAGCCAAAAAGCUCGAGGUUAUUCUGGGAGACGUCAUCAAGAUGCCCGAGAUGCCCCCAUGCGACGCCCUCAUUUCCAACACACCCUACCAGAUCAGCAGCCCACUCAUCUUCAAGAUGCUAGCCAUGCCCAACCCACCUCGGGUUGCCGUGCUCAUGUUCCAAAGAGAGUUUGCGAAAAGACUGGUUGCGAAGCCGGGUGAUGCGUUAUACUCGAGGCUGAGCGUCAACGUGAACUUUUGGGCCACAUGCAAACACAUCAUGAAAGUCGGAAAGCAGAACUUCAAGCCUCCACCCAAGGUUGAAAGCGACGUGGCUAACCCUUACCCAGGAGUUCGACGGUCUGCUCCGGAUUGCAUUAACUACAAAGUCUACUGUUCCCUCCACAACAUCCCCAUCGACGAGUCCAUCGCGACCGACGAUCUCGCAGCGCUGACCGCCACGGAUGGCGAUAUGGACGUGGACAUGGACGACAACGACAACCAAGACGGUGAAGAGGAGGAGGACGGCGCGGGCGGCAUGGCCCAGGACGAAGACGAGGACGAGGACGAGGACAUGCCGGCUUUCUUCAAGGAGCUCAACGAUGCUGACGCCGCCAAGGAGGCCAGCAAGACGCCGAGCCGGAACCCCAAGUCCAAGGUCGCCCUGGUGGUCAAGGCCAAAGUAAAUAAGGUGCUAACCAGCACCGCCUUGGGGGAGAAGCGGGCGCGACAGUGCGAUCAGAAUGACUUUUUGAAGAUGUUGCUUGGGUGUUCAAGCACGACGAGAAGAACAAGCCCGGCGGUUCAAAACUGA